UAGAAAGCCUUCGUCCUUCUUGGUUGCAGCUUCAACGCCGCCGGUAAACCAAAAAUCGCGCCUUCUAAGUUCUAACAGGUCAGAGGAUUCUCGCCCUCGCUCUACAGCCCUACCUCACCGUUGAAAGAACUCAACUUUCGAUCCUUCCCGCAGUGUUUCAAUCCUUCCUACUGGUUACCCCACCGUAGACAGAUAACUCAGAGAUGGAAGAAUCUCGCGAUGGAGGUUGGACCCUCGUCGCUCGUAAACCCUAUUUUGGUCUCCCAACUGCUUGCCCAGUUUGUCUUCCCGUUUACAUCUACCUCAAAUUUGCUCGCUGCCCUUUCAAUUUGGAGCUCAAUUCAGCUUACCCGGAUUCAGAUCAAAUUCCCUACAUUGAGGGUGGAACUUAUGUGGCUUACAACAAUGAAAAGGGUGGGGUUAUACAACAAUUGAAGCAGGAUGGAGUUGUUGAUUUGGAUUCUGAGUUCAGCUCGUUGCCAGAAUGGGUAUCAAUGAAGGCAAUGAUGAGUUCAUGGCUAGCUGAUGCAAUCACUUACGAGCUCUGGCUAGGAUCUGGUGAAAAUUCCGCCAAGCAGAUUUAUUAUUCGGAUCUUCCUUGGGUGAUAGGGAAGGUUCUUUUUGUUAAACAAGUUUAUGAUGUGAAGCAGCGAUUUAAUAUAAGUAAACAAAAUGCCGAGAAAAAGGAAGAAGAGAUUCAUGAUCGUGCAAAAGCUGCAUACCGAGCUUUGUCUGCAAAGUUGGGGGAACGAGAUUUUCUUUUUGAGAGCAGGCCAACAAGCUUGGAUGCAGACCUUGUCGGACAUGUGCUUUUCAUUCUUCAAGCUUUACCUGAAGACUCAGUUCUCCGGACUGCUCUCUUGGAGCAUGAAAAUCUCAUAAGGUAUGCUGAAAGACACAAGAAUGAUAUCCGGAAUUCUGAUCCAUCAAGUGCAUCUGCUUCAAAUUUCCAGCCUCCACCAUCAGCAGCUCAAGCAAGUUCAAGUUGGAAACCCAAGAGGAAACCUAAGAGGGAGAAGACGGAAGAGGAGAAACGUUUCCAACGGAAAGCCAAGUACUUUAUCGGUGCACAGCUUGCUGCAGUUCUACUGUUUUUGUCUCUCUUAGGCAGUUCAUCCAAAGUAGACAUUGAUGAAGAUGACGAGGAUUAAGUUACGAAUAAAAUCCGGAUCCUUGUAUAAACAAUUUCAUCACCCUGUUUCUUCUUCAUUUCAUCAGAUUUUGAUUUUAGUCAUAAUCAUUUCUUUUCUACCUAGUUGAUUCCCCUAGUCUUCAGAGAUCAUAGUUGCUAACAGUCUCCGGCAUAUGUUCUUCCAUUUUGUUUUGAAAGACACUGAGUAAAUAAGAUGCUUAGUGAUUGGGAUUCAACUACUACAUGCUUCACAUUCCAAUCAAUGUUUUUGUGGUGCUUUAAGCCUUCUUUCUCAGCCUUAAUUCAUGCUUUGAAAGUGAUAGCUCAAAGACAAGACAUUACCUUUUUUAUCUGUAAAUAGAAAAACUAUGGUGCA